AUGGAGGGAAUGUUUGGGAAGGCGUGCCAACGGAACUUGUUCAGACGUUUCAUAUUUUUGUAUGUAUUAAAGUUUGAAAAGGACAUUUUUAAAUGUGAGUCAAGUCUAGAUUGCAAAAUCUGUAAGAUACAACUCUGUCGAAAGAGUUUUAUUUCAAUAUCAGAUGAAAAAUCACAAUCUUUGAGAAAUUUAAGUUCUUUAAGAAGAAAUUCGUAA